AUGGAGCCCGUCGAACCCACCAAGUCGCCUCCAGGAGUCGAUGCGCCAGACACGACAGAAAGCGCAACUCCAAUAGGAAUCAAAUCAUCACCUCCUCCUCUGCCAGUACCAGCGCAGGCGCAAGUGUCGACUCCGAAUGUAGAAAACGAGGGCGACGCAACUCCUGCUUCGGGUAGCGACUCGGAAGCGGAGACGGUGGUGCUGCCUGGAGCCGAUGGCUACUCGCCCUCGAAGCUUCGAAAGAAGCGAAAGAUCAAGCUCGAAGACAAGACAAACGAAAAUGGGGGCGACAUCAAUAUGGAUAUUGAUGUUGACACUGACAAAGAUACUCACAUCGCCCAAGUAGACGUGAAAGCUGAGGAAGGUCAAACCUGGAAUGAAGGCGCAGCUUCCCUUUUGGGAAAGAGAAAACGGUCGAAACAUGGCAGCGCUAUCAGACCUGAUGAUAACCAUACGGGGAAUUCCAGCGGAUUAAGCUCUGUUCCUACGUCUCCUGCUGCUCGAUCAUUGCCAGGUCCUCCCAAGAGAACGGGCUCUGAGCUGGUAAGGUCCAGGUCCCAGUCACCAAGCGUGCCACGAAAGGAGAAGAGACACUCAGAGCAGGUAAACAAUGAGUCGGGAUCUGAACGUGAUAAGGACAACCGUCGCUCACAUAAGAGGCGAAACUCUAAUGCGAAUAAUUCUGGUAAACACAGCAAAAAUUCCGCCACAGACGGUACACCUCAACAUCACCGAACGGAGUCUCCUUCACCUACAAGGCAUAACAACACAUCUGCUGCGAAUGGCUUAAGCCACAAAAAGAAAGCUAUUCCAGCUCCACUACGCACAACCAAAGACCAUUCUAUCGACUAUCAAUCUGACGCAUCAUCAACUGGCGAAUCGCCAUACCCACGACGCUCGAGAACAUGCAAUCUUGGGACACCUCCAACGGGGGAUUUAGCUCACUCGGCAAAGAUGCCCCCGCAUCGGAGAAGGCCAGAUAGAUAUGGACGUACGCCGCUCACGGAUGCCUGUGAAGACGGUGACUACGACAAGGCAAAGCACCUUCUUGCAGAAUACCCAGAGGACCUCGACCAACCAGAUGCAGCUAGGAACACGCCUUUACAAUGUGCAAGCUUGAACGGCCACGAAGACAUUGUCAAAAUGUUACUUCAGAAUGGCUGCAACAUACACUGCAAGAACGAUCUUGGAGACUCGCCUCUUUUGGAUGCUGUAGAGAAUGGCCACUUGAAAGUAAUCAAACUUCUUCUUGGUGCUGGUGUGGAUCCCCGUGCACGAAAUAAGUUGGGUGAGGAACCUAUUACGAAAAUCAAUAAAGACGAUGAGGACGCCGAUGCAAUACGGGAAGCUCUUUUAGCGGCCCGAUCGACAUAUGCACAAGCCCGCCCCUCAGCCACCAGCCAGACUCCGCAAGCCGAAACCAGUGACUCCAGGAAUCGAAGGACCAUGAGCCACGGCAGAUCGAAUAGGACCGGCCAGCACCAGCUUUACACACCACUCACUGUCACCACUCUCAGAACUGCAGCAGCCAAGGGCGACCUUCAAACUGUGGGCUUGGUAGCUUCAGUUCUCGAAGAAGGUCUCGAUGAUGCUGAAUCUUUGAUCGCAGCAGCCAAGGGCGGCCACGAUGAAGUCCUGCAGAUCCUACUGGCAGUCGGCAAUGCGAACCCCGAUCCGUCUCCUAUCCCUGGGUCCUGGGAGUUCUCAACGCCAAUCCUUGCGGCAAUUGGCGGCGAGAACAUCAAGGUCAUUGAGCUGCUACUUGCAAAUAUUGAUGAUGGCAGAUUCGACCCUACAAGAACUUACCGCGGCCGAACCUACUAUGAGAUCGCCAAGGAACGUGCUGGGCCCCUUUGGGAGGAAGAGGAGAAGGUCCUGAAAGGUGCUUUUGAUAACUACAAGUCGCCAGCACGCACUGGCCGCUCUAGUCACUCCUCCAACAAUCAACCGUCUAGGUCUUACAGGAAGAAGCCAUCGGAUGCAUCUGAUAGACCAAACGCAAGCAAGGAAAAGCAUGAGGCCGGGGAUAAUGGGGUUGACCACAGACGGGAUCGAUUGGGUUCUCCAGGUAAAAAAGGCGCCAGUCGUUCUAAGGAAGGUGGUGAGGGUCUUGAUCGAGAAUCCAUCCCGUCGCCUUCUCGGGAGAGAAAGAGAUCAGAGCUCGAUCGAACUGUCAGCCCAUCCGAAUCAGAACCAGCAAAACCCAGGCGUAAGCUGAUAUCCGGGAGGGAUUUGAAGGGCGGACGCGAGAAGCAAAAAUCAAGCGUCUCGAUAACGUCUCCGCCUGGGGCUACCUCAGCUGGCGCCGAUGACGACAAGUUAAAUGCAGCUGGGAGAAAGAAAAACCUACAGCGCUCAGACUCGAAGGCCGCCUCAGAUUCUGCGACGGAGCGGUCGAGAUCCGCUAAACGGGAAAAGUCGACCGACCGCAUGUCAGCAACCAGUGCACAGUCUCCAGCCAAGAGACCGAGGACAAGCUCAACACCUCCAUCUGAAUCGCAAGAAGCUUCAAAUAAGCGUAGGCGUCUCGAGUCAGAAUCAAAGGGGCUACGCCGUUCCGAAAGUGUACGAGGCACAUCUCCUAAUCAUCGCAAGCCAAUCCCACCUAGAUCAGAUUCAUCAAUGCAGAAACCUAGCUCCUCAAAGGAACAAAGGCCUGAUCCUAACCGUAAAAAACACCAGAAGCUGCCCGGCAAGCCAGCGCUUUCUGGCGAAAAAUCUUCUCACAAAGAGGCCAGACCUCGUCCCACUGAGGGUGUGCCAAGCGCCAGAUCAAGCCAAGAGGCCGAUCAGAAGACCGCUUUCGCCGAAGAGUCUGCAGCGCUCGCUAAGAAGAAGGCCCAGAAGGAAGCAAGGGAAGCAAGGGAAGCAAUUGAAGCGGAACGAGAGAAGGCAGAGCGAGAAAAGGCAGAGCGUGAAAAGGCAGAGCGUGAAAAGGCAGAGCGUGAAAAGGCAGAGCGUGAAAAGGCAGAGCGAGAAAAGGCAGAGCGACAAAAGGCAGAACGAGAGAAAGCAGAGCAAGAGAAGGUAAAACGAGAGAAGACAGAACGAGAGGUGAAGAUCAAGAAGGAGGAAGACGACCGUAUCGAGAAGGAACGCGCCGAGGAAGCAAAGCGACAGGUAGAAGAGGCUCGUGUAGCUCGUGAAGCGGCAGAGAAGCGCAAACGGGAAGAGCAAGCUAAGCGAGCGGAAGAGGACGCUAGGAGAGCGAAAGAGGAGGCCGAGCUCCAGGAGCAGCAGAGGCGGGAAAAAGCCGAGGCGCAGCGUCGUGCUGAUGAGGAAAGAAAGCACAGGUUUGAAGAGCAGCAGCGCAUUCAGCGGGAGGAAGCAGAACGCAGACGGGCUGCCCAUAUUGCUGAACAGCGAGCGGAGCGCCUCCGUAUUAUGAAAGAGAAGGAGGCGGCGCGCCUUGCAAGAUUGCCUCCUUUGCUGCGCUGGUUCGAUGGUUUGGCCCAACCCGCAACGCCAGAGGUUGCUGUGAAGUUCAAGCUCAUGCAGGGCGUCCGCUAUGAUACGAUCGUGCCCGAGGCAACCGGCGAGCCGGAUGGCAGAGAGCAGUGGCUGCUAAACACGCAAGUCGCACUCCUCCUCGGCGAGAAGGACCUCCAACUUAGCCGAUACACAGCAUGGGAGCGCGUCUCUGCAUCACUCCUCGCCAAACAGGGCCUCUGGCGCGUUGAGAGCGAUAUGUACUCGAUGGUGCGCGCGGACCUGCGUCCCUACAACCCCCAACUGGCCGCGAACCCCUUCCAGAGCCUGUCCCCCACGGCAGCCGACGCCAUGCGCAAAGCCACCAUGCCGCUCUUCCUCGGCCUCGAGCUCUUCUUCGUCAAGGUCGCCGACCUGAUGUUCAUCGCACCGUCAAUCCCGCAUCUGCGCAACCUCCAGCUCGAUGUCCAGUACCACGAGGCGCUCCCCGAUGAGAGUUGGCUGGGCCGCCUGGCCGUGCCUGCCAAGUGGACGCACGACCCUGAUUGCGAAUCGUACCUGGGUUUUACACCAGGCACGAAGUCGUAUGCUAAUGGGGAUCUUGUGAGCGAGGCGGGUGCCAAGACGGCGGUGGUGGGAGCGACGCCGUUUCCAUCGACGAGAGUUCCUCGGGCUGGGUUCGUAAAGAUGAAGAGGGGGGACCCGGAGUAUGAAGAUCUUGCGAAGCAGCAGGAUUUGGAAGAUGGAGAGGUUAAUGGGCAGGCAGCGAAGGAGGGGGCGAAUGGGUAUGUGGAGGCCGAGAAGAGCGAGGGCGAGGCGCCGAAGAAGGAGAACGGGGCGAUGGUCACGAAUGGAGUUGGCGCGAAUGGGGUUCUGUGAGUGCAGGGGGGGCGGAUUGGCUUUGGUUUUGUGUGGCUGGCUGUUUGGCUUUGUUUACGAUACCUGUUAUGAUAUGACUGUCUGCAUGAUGUAAGCGUCGUUGGGACAACGGGAUGUGAUGAGGUGGGUGUUAGAGGUGACUUAAUGAUGGGCGGGUGUUUUUGGUGGCGAAGGGUCCGAUUGAAGAAGGCAACGAGUGAGGUGGAUAUUGGGAUGUGGGAG